GUUACUGAAAGAAAAAAUAAAGAAAAAAAGAUGUUGGCAAGCGUAAAAGAGAAAGGAAGUAAAAGUGCCCUUUUGUUAUCAGCAGGUCUGGUGUAACUGAAAGCAAAGAGAAGCAAAACGUGGCGGAUUCGGUGACCCCUCGGCUGUGACCAGAGGCGCACAGAGAAUUAGGGCAAGGAAAUGCGUGAAUAUAAAAUAGUAGUGUUGGGCAGUGGAGGUGUAGGCAAGUCCGCCCUCACUGUCCAGUUCGUACAAGGAAUCUUCGUCGAGAAGUACGAUCCGACGAUCGAGGACAGUUACCGCAAACAGGUCGAGGUCGACGGUCAACAAUGUAUGUUAGAAAUCCUAGACACAGCCGGAACGGAACAAUUCACAGCCAUGAGGGACCUUUAUAUGAAAAAUGGCCAGGGAUUUGUGUUAGUAUAUUCGAUAACGGCGCAAUCGACGUUCAACGACUUGCAAGACCUCAGGGAGCAGAUUCUACGGGUGAAGGACACAGAUGACGUGCCUAUGGUGCUGGUGGGCAACAAGUGUGACUUGGAAGAUGAGAGGGUAGUGGGCAAAGACCAGGGCGUCAAUCUUGCCCGGCAAUUUAAUUGCGCGUUCAUGGAGACUUCUGCCAAAGCCAAAAUUAAUGUUAACGAUAUUUUCUAUGACCUGGUACGACAAAUAAACAAAAAAUCGCCAGAGAAGAAGAUGAAGCAGAAAAAGAAAUCGCUGUGCCUACUUCUGUAAGGUAGAUCUAGCAGAAGCCUGUACUCUCCUGCAUGAAUAAAUUCACAGAAAAAGGGAAUAAAUUAACUAAUAACCAGCAACAAGUCCGGAUACAACCAACGGAUGAUACAGGGGUUCAGGUGACCACGGAGAAAACUAAAGCUAGCUGACAAGGAGGGGGCUGACGGAAUUAUAAAUAAAUAGACGAAAAAAAGGAAGAUACAUACAA